UUUAUCCAGUAUCCUGAUCUGUUAUCUGUUAACGUUCCCUAAAUCUACUAAUGUAGUGGGGGAUAAUCCACUAACAUGCUUUAAUGCACACGUUAAUUUGAUUCAGAUGUGCUAAUAAUACACAAUCUGAUUCUUUAAACAUCUUACCCUUUAAAAGUGCAUCACAAACGGUCUAUUCUUCUGCCACUCUACUGCGCUGCUAGUAUUUACAAACAACUUCCGGGAACUACUGAGAGACUCUUCGAUCCGCCAUUGCUGUAAAAAAAUGGAGUGAACGGAGAUGACGCGACUCUCUACAUGGCUCUGACUUGACGCUGGUGAGACUGGGCAACUUCCAUGUUUUUUGAUUUCAAUCAAUGCCAUGGAGGCAGAACCAUGUGAAAACGCCGUGCCUACCGAUACAAUUCCCUGUGAAGCUUCUGAAUCCAGUUUCAAUGCGGACAAGAAGACACAUUUCCGUGUCUGUCGCUUUAUCAUGGAAACCGGAGUAAAACUGGGGAUGCAUUCGGUGCCCGUGGCUACUGCAUGUGCCCUGUACCACCGGUUCUUCCAGUCAGCCAGUUUACGGAUGUACGAGCCCUACCUAGUGGCCAUGUCUGCCAUCUAUCUGGCCGGCAAGGUGGAGGAACAGCAUCUAAGAACACGGGACAUAAUCAAUGUCUGCCACAGGUAUUUGCAUAGAGGCAGUGAGCCUCUGGAGUUAGACAGCCAGUUCUGGGAGCUCAGGGACAGCAUUGUCCAGUGCGAGCUCCUUAUUCUCCGUCAGCUCAACUUCCACGUCUCUUUCCAGUACCCUCAUAAGUAUCUGCUGCACUACCUCCUGUCACUGAAGGCCCUCCUAAACAGGCAUGCUUGGGCCCGCACUCCUAUCUGUGAGACGGCCUGGGCCCUGCUGAAGGACAGCUACCACAGCCCUCUGUGUGUGCUUCAUCCACCUCAACACCUUGCUCUGGCAGUGCUCUACCUGGCCUUACACAGCUAUGGGGUUGAGGUGCCCGCAGGAGCUGUGGAGUGGUGGCAGGUUUUCUGUGAAGAUAUUACAAAUUCAGAUAUUGAAUCCAUUAUUUGUGAACUGCUCCAGCUGUAUGAUAUGGAAGCCAAGUGUACCUGACUGCCAGAGAUGGAGAUUCAGCCCAAAGGCAUGUGUUUGAGAGACUCUUGUCAGACCCGGUGUGUGGAGGGGAGUAGGGGGUGACCUGCUAAGGGUGCUCUCCAAGGAUGCUUGAACAGACGGUGGAAGAAAGAUGGACUGGGCUGAAGAGUAGAUGGAUGUAAAAACAGUAAAAAAAAAAAAAGAAGAAAAAAAACAAAGAAGUUAAGCUUCAUAAAAGGAAUAAGGACCAAAGCUAAAGGAAUUCUAUUUUUUUAAUAUUAACGUAACAAAAUGACAUGGUGUGGCGUUUGCCAUGUCACUGACCUGAAGGAUUCAAAUAUAAGUUAAAUCAUCAUUGCUUUAUCUAGAAGAUGAACAAUAAUGCCCUUUAGAAAUGGAUUCUCCACUGUUACUUUCAUGAAAGGAUUGGUGCUGCCAGUGAGCUGGGGACAGUUUUAAAAGCAUGUACAGAGUAUUAAACCCAUGAAUUCAAAAGUACGUGGCACAAGGUGGGUGUUUUUAAAUGGAAAAAAAGUGCUGCAGCUCUUGACUUGGCAGCGGCGCCCCCAGAAAAUGUUCAGUGGGGUGGCCAGGUGGGGCCAGUGAAAAUCUUGGGGUGGCUCUAGCAUGAUAACCGCCGGAGGUGGGGGAUGUAAUAACAGCAAUUCAUUUUCAUGAAAACAGACUCGGAUAUUUCACUUUUAAUGGCCAAAUGCGAUAGAACAAACUGGAUUUUUGGAUUUAAACAAACUGAAUUUAUGGAUUUAAAUCCUUGAAGUUAAAACCUAUGGAUACUGAACACAAUAUUUUUCUCCUCAUUACGAAAUGAUUCUGUAUCAUACGGGACGCUUGGCAACACUAAGUGACACAAGGAGGCUGUGGCAUCUGGCAUGAGUGAUUUUUUUUUAAUGUUAGCUAGCUACAUACAAUGCAAUUGUGGGUAAAAGCUAUGUAGAUAAUUUGAUUCUGUAAGCAUAAACACGAUUAAUGGCGAUGACAAAAUAUAUCUGGAUUAAAACAACAAAAACAUGGUUACGUUUUAAAUGGCAAUGUACUACUAAAUGAUAUUUUAUAUAUAGCGACCUAUGGUGACCGGACUUAAACACAUCCAUCUUACAAGAGGAAAAAACAACAAAAAUCUGAAAUCUGCAGUAAAAACAAUAAAAUACACACUUUUCCAGUUCGAACUUGGACAAGUCCUGUCAUUACAGAUAUAAUACAUUACAUUUAUUACAAAUAGCCUAAAUAAAUGUAAAAAACAAUAUUUAAAAAAAUUGGCUAGUGGGGUGGCCAGUGGGAUGGCCAGUCAUUUUUGUGGGGGGGCCAUGGCCACCCCUGGACACCCCUUGGAGACGCCCCUGUUGCUUGGCCUAAUGUCUAUCAAUGCUUUUCCAGCACACUGAGUGCUGUUGACUGGCCUCAGACAGUGCAAGUCUGUUGUGGACAUAUCAGACAGUGUACACUCAGUCUGUAGAUUCACCUCAGACAGCAUGCAUUUCUUCCAUGGGCAUGUCAGACAUUGCGCUUUUGCUCUGUGGAUUCAGCUCAGACUCUGUGGGCAUGGAGGCCCCAGAGGAACUUAUAACUGGAACACUAUUAUUGAUAGAGGUCUUUAUUGUUGAUGGCAUUCUGGGUUUGGUGCUUAUUCAUAUGCAUUAGAAUGAAAAUGUUACCACAUGAAUCUUCUACUUUUCUGCAUGAUAUGCUUUUCGUGUAGACCUCGUUUUCAUCUGUUGUGGUCUUUUUUAUUACAUGAUAAGAAUGGUAUCUUUUUCAUACCUUCUCUACUUCUUCAACAGUUCUUGCAAAGCUGUUGGUAGGUUUUGAAAGCUUUCACUGAAAGCUGCACAAGGAAUUGCUAAAUCUGAACAACAUGGAUUAUACAAGGAAUAGCUCCAUCUAGACAGGCUUAAUCUACUUCGCCUGUACAUUUAGGUGUAACAAUUUACAGGGUAUUUUCUGCCAAAUUUACUGAGCUUUAUUCUUUCUUAGUGUAUGCACAAGGAUGCCAUUGCAUCAAGAGUUGAUGUCAUAAGAAGGUAAGGUAGUGAGUCACGCAGUCAUUAGAUUCCAUAAUGGUUAUGGAAAUAUGUAAUGAGAAGGCUGGUCAGAGUGCAGUUCUAAGUAUACAGCUGUAGUUCCUCAUUUGCCCUUUCACCUCAUGAUGGUUUUUGGGUUUAAUUUUCAAGCUUUUUAUACUGGACGCUGUUGCUUUCUUAUAAUAACAUGAUAUUGAAUAUCCACUUUGCUCCCUUUUAUGUUUUGAGAGGCUAGCCAUGUGAUGCAGUCUAAGCACAGGUAUUUGUUAAGCUAAAUUACUACAUUAUUUUUGGCAGACAGAAGGCUGGGAAAACUAUCUAGAGAUCUAGAUUCAAAACAAAAGUAUAAUUUUUAUGGAGAGGAUGAUUUUAAUCUGAAUUUUAAGGGUAAGGAUUAGUUUUUCCAAAUCAUUAAGAUGUGAUUUCCAGUGAAAACCUGUGAUUGAGGAAGGUCAUUCUAAAAAAGUGAUUACAAGGGCUCCUUGCAUGGAUACCAUUUGACUAACAAAGAAGCACAUUAUGGAAAGUGUAGAAGGCUUGCAUAUGAUGAGAAAGUGUAGAAGGUGUGUGUAGGGUGGGUAGGUGUACAAGGCCUAUAUGGUGUAAGUGAAUAAGGUUUGUAUGGUGCGAGUAAGAAUUGUCUAUAUCAUCACCACUACUGCAGUGUUCUCAGUAUGUGCCAUUGUGCGAUUUUCAUAAUAUAUGAAAUGUGUUUAAUAAUAUGUCUGAGGCUCUGGCUACAGCCAGCAGCGACACAAAGAGAUAAGCAAUAUUCUCUCGGGACUAAAAUCCAAUAAAUGCAACAGAUCUCCUGCAUGUCUCUUUUCAGCCCCUCUCUGUACUUCUACAUUGCAUCACAUUUCAUUACAUGCAUUUAAUUCAUUUAUCCAGCUGCUACUCCCAGCACAAGAGAAGAGAAAUGCAUCCAUACAAGUUAUAUGAACAAUGCAUGCACAAUGCUAUUCAAGCAUCAACAAAAGUUAACUUGAUCUGAAAGUAGACUGCCUAGAAAACUACAGUCAG